GUCGCCACAUCUUUUCAUGCGAAGAAGCUGUGCCGCUAAACCAGCUCUUUCUUGUGUUGGAAUUUCAGACCCGUUUUUGGUUUCCCAAAACGACUCCGGCCCGGGCCUCAGUCCGCGGUCUAGAGUUUGAUAGCGGGCUGUGUGAGACGGAGGCACGUCGGUAUACAGCUGCCAGCCAGCCCCUGUGCCCCAACCACCAUCAUGGGAGACAGUAGAGAUUCCCGCAGCCCGGACAGUUCAUCUGUGUCCUCCCCUCCAUCAGGCCAACGCUCGCCCCCUCUAGUUCCCUCAGCCGCAGCUUCCAUGACCUCCCUUCCUCCCAUCACCUCCGCCGGGGUCAACAGCCCCAUCAGUAGCAUCGGCUCCCCCUUUUCCGUCAUCAGCUCUUCGCUGGGCUCACCCUGCCUCCCUGGCACACCAUCAGUGGGCUAUGGCCCCAUUAGCAGCCCGCAGAUCAACUCAACAGUGUCCAUGUCGGGGCUCCAUGCAGUGAGCAGCUCUGAUGAUGUGAAACCUCCACUGGGCUUGAAGCAGCUGUCGUCCCACAGCCCGGGGCCGAUGCUUUCCCAGAAACGCCUUUGUUCCAUCUGCGGUGACAGAUCCUCUGGUAAGCACUACGGCGUCUACAGCUGUGAGGGCUGCAAAGGUUUCUUCAAGAGAACAGUGCGCAAAGACCUGACCUACACCUGUCGGGACAAUAAAGACUGUAUGGUGGAUAAGAGACAGAGGAACCGCUGCCAAUACUGCCGCUACCAGAAGUGCCUGGCUAUGGGCAUGAAGAGAGAAGUGGCCAAGAUGAACGACAGAUCUGUCCAAGAGGAACGGCAGAGAAACAAGGAUCGAGACGGUGAGGUAGAGUCGACUAGUGCAGUGAACGAGGAGAUGCCUGUGGAGAAGAUUUUGGAAGCAGAGAUGGCUGUAGAGCAGAAGACAGAGCUUCAUGCAGAUGGAAGUUCAGGUGGCAGCUCUCCCAACGAUCCUGUCACCAACAUCUGCCAGGCAGCAGACAAGCAGCUCUUCACCCUGGUGGAGUGGGCUAAGAGGAUCCCUCACUUCUCGGAGCUGCCCCUGGACGACCAGGUCAUCCUGCUACGUGCAGGUUGGAAUGAACUCUUGAUUGCAUCGUUCUCCCAUCGCUCCAUCUCAGUGAAGGACGGGAUUUUACUGGCCACCGGCCUGCAUGUCCACAGGAACAGUGCUCACAGUGCAGGUGUUGGAGCCAUCUUUGACAGGGCGCACAAUGCCGAGGUUGGGGCCAUAUUUGACAGGGUUUUGACAGAGCUUGUAAGCAAGAUGAGAGAUAUGCAAAUGGACAAGACAGAGCUCGGCUGCCUUCGAGCAAUCAUCCUCUUCAACCCAGAUGCCAAGGGUUUGUCCAACCCCAGUGAGGUGGAGCUCCUGAGAGAGAGAGUGUAUGCGUCUCUCGAGGCUUACUGCAAACAGAAAUACCCCGAUCAGCAGGGCAGGUUUGCAAAGCUGCUUCUCCGGCUCCCAGCACUGCGCUCCAUUGGUCUAAAGUGCCUGGAGCACCUGUUCUUCUUCAAACUGAUUGGUGACACACCCAUCGACACCUUCCUGAUGGAGAUGCUAGAGGCACCUCACCAGCUCACCUAGAGGAGCCAGGUUCGGUCCGAUCAGGAUCUGAUGCACACCAGGAUUACCGGCACGGCGCCCCGUGUUGGGUCGUUGGCUCUUUUCGUUGGGCCUCACUUAACUGCAGCACCUGCUGGUUUAAAUGUACCGGCUCUCACACUUGUAUACACACACAAAGACACACACACACGUACACACACACACACACACACACACACACACACACACACACACACGUAUUCCCUGUCACCGGCUAAUUAUCUUCACACAUGCAAAUGCAGGUCUUUGCUUGCAUGCAUGAAGUGACAUACAACAUAGCUAAUACACAGAUAAUAUGGCUCUGAAUGAACAGUAUGCUAAUACACAAACGUACUCAAACACACACACACACAUAUUUUCACCAUCUUUUCCCAUUCUCCGUUUUCCACCAUAGGGGUAAAUGAUUCAAGGAAUAUGCGCCCUUUUUAUCACACAUAUACAGUAAAUGUCUUAAUUUUAAGUUAGCCUUCAGUUUUCACAUCUUCAUCUCACAGUGGGUUUUUGCUUCUGCGUAACUGGUAUACUUCCCCUGUUUUACUUGGGUUACUUAGUUACACUGCCAGCUGCACCUCUGUAUGUUGUAUCCAUCACUAGCCGGUUAGUUAUUCAUGUAUGGUUUUAGCUUAAAAUCAGGUGCAUAGCAUUUCAAUCAACUGUCCACCAUCAAACAAGCUCACUUCUUAUUGGUCAGGAAGUGUCCAGUAAUGAACAGGCAGACACACCCUCCUGAGUUCAUCCAAUCUCGAAAACAUUGAAAUAUUUUAUGCAUUUUUUUUCAUUUUUUUUUUGAAUAUUCAUGCUGAAACUUGUUUGAGUUUCUAUUUUGAAGUACUGUACUCAUGAAAUGAGAGCUUUUUCCAAGGCAUUGAAAUCCAGGAAAAGGGGGCUGGGAGCACUUUGUUGAGCAGAUAAACUUAGUCCCUCCCACCCUGAUGCGCACAGCGGGCUUUGUAAGGCAAGAAGAAUGACUUGAAUUAUUAUUAUUAUUUUUAGUUUUGAUUUUAUCCUUUUCUCUACUUUGGCAGUUGGUUGGUAUUUUAAACAGCUUGAGGCUCCCAGGAAGUACAGCUUCAUGCAAGACAAAAGAGUAUUUGUUUCUCUUUUAUCUCCUGUUCCCCCAAAUCCUCCCUUCGCUGGUGGUCAUUUAUGCACUUUUGUGAGUUGUAACUGUGUAAAUGUUCCCGUUUCCUAGAAAUGACCAUCUUUUCUCAGAGACCUAAGACAACCUUGAAGGUACUAUGUGUAGGGUUUUCUCAUUAUUGCAUCAUUGUCAAAUCAGAUAUGAUGAUUUGUUAUCAAACUUGCUAUAAUAAUAUAUAUAUAUAUAUAUAUAUAUAUAAUAAUUGGCCACUUCCUGCCAAAAGAACCACGUUAUGGGAAUUGGUCUUGACUAUUAUUCUUGAUAGGUUGCUGUCUAUUCCAAAAAAAUCUUAUUUUUAUCAACUGUCCAUUGACCAUGGAAAUUUAUCUGCUCUCUGGACCAUUCUGCCUGUAAUCGUUCAGCCUGUAUCUAAUUUAUGUGGCCUAUCAAGUGAAUAGAUUAGGCUGGCGUUUGACCCCUCUACCCAGCAGCUGCUGAAGCAUCCUCGUACAAGAGACUUAAGCAGUAUGAGAGGUAUUGCUUCGUAUUCAAGAUGCCGCACUCUGUCUUCUCUGUAAAAAUGAGGUGUGAAAAACAGAUUUUUUUUUUUCUGAAACACAAAAAACAGCAGCAGAGAUAGAAAGUGUAAAGACGAGAAGAAAUGAUCUGACAGUGGCAAAAAUGCAACAUUUCAUUUCACCUGGUAGUUAAUAUCUAAUUUGGCUAAUCUACAAUACAGAACUUCUGUAGCCCACCGCUCAUGGAUAGAUCCCUGGCUGUGGAUAUGAAUUGGCAAAUAAUGAACAGACGUUUGAAUUGCAAAUUGUCUUUUGAGUGUUAUGUUACUAUAAUGCAAUAAUGAAAUGAAUUAAGUGUUAUAUAAUGGAAAUCCUACACCUACUACCUGCAGCUUUGGACUUUUAUUCAGUGUGUAUUGGCUCAAUGCUUGCGACUUUUGUACAGUAGAUGUAAAUAAAAAAAAAACAGGAGUUAUGCAGAAACAAAUGCCUGUUCACCAUCUGUGAAUGGGAAAUAUGUGGCUCCAACAAACAAAUUUAAAAGCUCUAUUUUCUGCUGUUGAAUCAACCUCCCCCUGUGAUGACGUCACCAUGAAAUAGUUACUGAGCCCAGGGCCAAACCACACCUCGCUGCUGCUUUUGCACCAACUUCUUGCCAGUGUUUCUUGUUGUUCUUGGCAACUGAUUGGCUGGAUUUCAUUGACAAUGGCACUUGACAUUUACUGUGAUUGAAAUUUUGCGGGCAACUGAAUCUGAGCAUUGUAGUGAGGAGUCAAAUGCAGCUACCACGUGAUCAGGAGAUAUAAAGCAAACUAUAAAUUAAACCGUCUACACGCUCUCGAAGAGGGGCAAUACUGGGGUACACAAAGAUUUAUUACCGUUUUUGUUAGUAAAGUAUUUUGGAAGAGUGUUGAUAUUCUGAGGUGUAUUUAACCUUCUUAAUAGUCACCACAUUUGAUAGAAAUUAGAAACGUACAUUGUGCAGUAUCAUUCUACAGGGAAGAGGUACAGCUGUCCUCUACCAGGUGCUAAAUAACAAAUAUGGUCUUUUAGUUAAGAAUUUGCACAUUUACAUCAAUGCAAACACAGUAUGCAAGUACGCAGACAAAUCAGACAGCCAUUGUCCACUCUUUGAACAGGUCUGUUAAAGAUGUAGAUUUCCCUCUUCGAUUUUUUUUUUCUCUUUUUGUUAUUCUAUGACCCCUAAAUAUAUUUCAGACUCCCAACUAUGGAAAAUGAUAAGUCUUUGUACUCUGCCAGACACAGACACAGCCACAGCCUUUUGUAUUUUAGAAAGCAGUUAGGCUGGUGGAAGUGAUGAGCGUAGCUGUUGAACUUUGGUGUCCACCAGCUACUUUGACCAGAAUGAGCGAUGAGCUUCCUGCCCUGCGGAGAGGCCAAUUAGCUCUUCUCAGAGAGGAUCCUUGGCCCUCCCCCAUGUAAUGUGGACUUGGAGGCUGGCAGUUAGAUGACCUGUAAGACAGGUGGUUGUGUUUAACAUGUCAAUAAGUUGGUCUAACCUUGGUGUUGUUUCAGUUUUUCUCCAUCCGUGCAUACACACAGCCAACUCAACAAAGUAGUCUUCAUUUCCGACAUGCAGAGGAAAGUCAGCCCCUCGUACAUCAUUGCUGCCGCACGUUGGUGUCGGCAAAGAAAAGCAAGGUGGUGGUGGAGCUUAUGACCAACAUCUGCCAGCAUUCUUGUACUGUAUAUGCUGUGAUACGGUCUCAGUGCUUUAUGGCUUGAGUUGGUUCAGAUGAACUAAUAUUAGCAGCCUUUUUUGAGUUUUGAGACUUCAGUGAAGAGGAUUUAGUGGCUGCCAGGCUUCGCAAUGUGCGAUCUGGAUUAGAGCUUAGCUAUCCUAAGACAAUUGGACUAUGGAAUGAAGUUUUUGAGUGCAACCCAAAAUGAGACCCCCCCCCGCCUCUCAGAGAGCAGACCGACUCUAGGACGCGUGCUUUUGUAAAUAAUCUCAUCUUUGGUUAGAUUGACAUCUCAGCAACUUUCUCUGCAGGAUUUUAUUUUUGGAGCUUCCUCUGUUGAAUGUUUAAGCCUGCUGCUACUGCAUCAUGUUUAUAGCCAGGGAUGGGAAUGAUUACACAAUCAGUCAAGUGCUGGAGGAUCAGCUAGUUGACAUUUAAAUGCUAGUCACAUACACAGCUGACUGAGCAAAUGCCAUCUUUGUUGAUAAUUCAUCGAAAUUCAAAAUAUGCAACCUGUAUUCUUAUUGUGUCAAGAUGGUUAAAACAGUUGUCAUGCAAUAUGUGCAUUUGUAAAUUCGGCUUAGUCUGUUACAUAAAUUGAUAUGAAUUGGCAGUGAAAGCACUUAGAAUUCUCAUCCCUCCAUAUAACAGCAAUGCAUUUAAGUUUUGCCAUGCCAUUUCUAUAUUUCUCUAUAUUUUGCUAUGAGCUUAAGCUUAUUUAGAGAACGAUGAACAGUAUACAGGCGGUGCAGGUUCUGUAUGCUAAGCCAGCUUUUGCUGAUCGGGCAGACUGUUUUUAAAAGCAAUAGCUGGUGGUUCGGUAUUUGAGUUUUUUUUUUUUUUCCUGCGUUUGUUAGAGGGUAUGUGUGGCCACAUGUGUAUGCUUUUAUGCACAUGUGUAUGGAAUCUGUCUGCAGCUACGCCCUUUGACUGGCAGAUACUGUGGCUUUGGCUGUGAUGUGCUGAGCGCUGUUAAAUUGAUUUGUGGAGCAAAAUAAUGAAAAGGAUGGAUAGAGGAAAAGGAGCCAGGCUGGAGGGGUGAGUCACUGGCCUGUUGACCUGAUGCUUUAUCAACACAGCCCAGCCUCCUCCCUUCCUUCACUUUGCCCUGUUUCCACCGCUUUACUUUUAAGCUUAACAAAUGCUUAUUCACUUACCCAUGUGGGCUGAAAAUUACUGGCUUUGCAUUGGAAUGGACUUGCAAAAUAAAACUAUGAUUCUUGGACUGUUUGAAAAGGAUGUGAAGCUUUUAGUGGAAUAAGCGUUGGAGAGCUGUAAGGAAGGGAUUCAGUGCCGUGUGUCCCUCUUUGCUUAACUUUACUUGACGGCAGAGCAGCGACGAUCUGCGGUCGCCAUGGGAGACCGCCGGAUCGCACCGCACCGCCCACAAAAUGUUUGUCGUUGCAACCGUGUGCACUCAAGGCAGACGCAUGCUGUGACCUUUUGACUGUGUAGCAGUAUUGUUGUCGCCAUCUUUGUUACAUUUUGAAAUUAUUCGCUUUUUGAAAAUAAAGACAUUGAUUAAAUAUGCUUUUUUUGAAAUGGAUCGCAGGCUGUGACCGAAGAAUAGAUUAUGUAUAGAUAAGAAAUCAGGGCGGCAUUUUUACUUAUUGACACAGGCCCCCUGGAGCCAAGGCCCAUCCCGUUAUGAUCAAUGAGGCGCAGUGUAUGCUAUGCAGCCUUGAAACCACCACCCUCACUGGUUUGUUUAUCACUGCCAAGCUGUUUGCGGAUGUGGCCGUUUUAAAUGCAGGGCCACUCAGUCCCCAGUGCUUGUUUGUCAUGUAUGUUGUGAUUAUUGUGCAGCACACUAAACAGUGUGCGCUAACCUUGGCCUGUGUAGUGCAUACUAAAGAGGGGCCCUAAUAGGAAUGGAAUGACAGCUCGUGUGAAGAGGGGAGGACUGGUCAGAGGAGAGAGAAGUAGACCAGUGUGUGGCCCCCUCCGGGUGCUCAAGCUGUGCAUUGGUGCUUUUUAAAGGGUCCCGCAGCCUGAAACCGUCUGCUUUGGUUUCAAAGACACAGGGAAAUGCAUAUAUGAGUGAAAUGCAAAUAAAGAAUUAACAGGGCUAGCCUAGCCUAGCCUAGGACCUGCUCUUCUUCAGUUGGAUUUGGUGAGGUGUUUCUGCAACCGGGUCCACAGCAGCCUGACGUGUUCACUGCGUUAGAGACGUGUGUGGCUGUAGCUGGGUACUACCAGCAGUAAAGACACAAGCUCCAUAGUCUGUUUUAGAUUUUGAGGCAGAAACUGUGGCUGUAAUUGUAGACACACAGUUUGAAGAGCCACCAGAAUCCACAGGCCUGGUUUACAGGCAACACCUCUGAGCAGGAUCUGGUCACACUGAAUGAACUUGAUGGGAGGGAUCAACUGAAUAUGACUGAUCUCUUUGAAGAGGAGGAGGUUGUUGGUUUUUAAGGUUGGAGGAAUUGUGAAGGGGUACGUCAGAGAGAGAAGGAGGGAAGAAAAGAAGGGCAGGGACAUUAAGAACUCGGAUCAGGUGUUCAUUUGUCAAUUUGAGAAGUAAAACCGAAAAACCAAUUUUCCAGUAGAUCUAGAAUCUUCCUUCAUUGUUUACUUUCACCUUUAAAAUUCACACACUGUUUCUUUGUCUUGUUUCCUGUCUCUCUCUUCUCCAACUACACUAUUCAUCUUUUGUUUAUUACAGAGUAUUAAACAAAUACAAGAACUGUAAAAUCAGAACCGAAUCUGUCACUCUUAUUUUUAAUUUUUCUCUCUUUCUCUUGUGUCUGUUCUUUGUCCUGUUUGUAUCCUACUCCAUUGUACAUGUGGAGCUGAUUGACUAUUGUGUGCUUUGGGGAUUGAAAGAGGAAAAAAAAUAUGAAUAAUUUUUUCAGUCAUUAAUUCUGAAUCUUGUUUCUGUUUGUUGUAUCAUGUCCGAGUAAAGGUUUUAAUACUGUA